AUGAAGACCAUCUUUCUGCUAGCUGUACUAAUGGCCUCUGGCUUAUCUGAGGUGAAAGGGAGCUUGCUACAAUUCGAAAACAUGAUUGAGAAGGUUACAGGGAAGAAUGCAGUACUUAACUAUGGCUUCUAUGGCUGUUACUGUGGCUUGGGAGGCAAAGGAACCCCCCUGGAUGGUACCGACAGGUGCUGUUUGGCCCAUGACUGCUGCUAUUCAAAGGUGAAGAAUUUAGGCUGCAAACCCAAAACACAGAGCUACAAGUACACCUAUCAGGAUGGAUCCAUCAUCUGUGGGUCUGGUGACAACUGUCAGAAGCAAAUCUGUGCCUGUGAUCGAGCAGCUGCCUACUGUAUGAAGAGAAACCUGACGACUUACAGUAAGAAGUAUCGCAACUACCCCAAUUUACUGUGUAAAGGGGAUAAACCUAAAUGCUGA